AUUAACUUUGUUAGAACUUUUGAAGUGCUCAUACUCCCUAGAAAUACCCUAGACACAGAAAAACAGGGGGGUGGGGAAAGAGGGUUUUGAGAAGAAGAGCACGAACAAUUCAUCCCAGAAAAAAAAUUAAGAUGUACUACAACAGAGGAGGAGGAUAUGGGGAUUUUCCUGAUGGGCGUGAAAUGGCUCCAAAGCGACAACGGUUGAUGGACCAGGGUCCUUCUUAUUAUGGGGCUUCAGCAGGCUAUGGUGCCUCAACUGGCUAUGGAGCUUCACCUGGUUCGAGUUAUAUGUAUAAUCCAACUUCAUAUGCAGGAUAUGCCAACGAGCUUCCUCCAUUCCCUGUUGUUCGACUUCGUGGUCUACCCUUUGACUGUACUGAGGUAGAUAUUCAAGAGUUUCUUCGGGGUCUGGAUUUAGUUGAUAUUCUAUUCAUUCAUAAAGGUGGCCGCUUUUCCGGAGAAGCAUAUUGUGUUCUGGGCUAUCCUAUGCAGGUGGAAUUGGCCAUCCAGAGAAACAGGCAUAAUAUCGGUCGGAGAUAUGUAGAGGUAUUUCGAAGCAAGAGGCAUGAAUAUUAUAAGGCUAUUACAAGUGAAAUUUCUGAUGGUAGUAGCAAAUCUCCACGUAGAGGUUCUAGAGCAAAGUCUUAUGAUGAAGGGAAGGAAUUGUUGGAACACACAGGAAUAUUGAGGUUAAGAGGUUUGCCUUUUUCUGCAAGAAGAGAGGACAUCAAGAAAUUUUUCGACGAUUUUGAUCUUGCUGAUGAUGUUGUUCAUAUCACUUAUAAUUCUUCUGGUAGACCAUCUGGGGAAGCUUUUGUGAAGUUUUCCAGUCCGGAUGAGUCUAAAGCCGCUAUGGUUAAAGACAAAAUGACCCUUGGGAGUCGAUACAUUGAGCUGUUUCCUGCAUCGAAAGAAGAGAUGGACGAAGCAACUGCUAAAGGAAGAGCAAGUUCUCAAGAAGACUUAAACGAACCGGUGAAGCAUACGGGAAUCUUAAAGCUAAGAGGACUGCCCUUUUCAGCCACAAAGGAGGAUAUAAUAGAAUUCUUCAAUGGAUUUGUUGUAUCUGAAGAUUCAAUCAACAUUACGUUUAUGCCAGAUGGGAGGCCAACCGGUGAAGCAUUUGUCGAGUUCGCGAGUGCUGAAGAUUCAGAGGCCGCAAUGGAAAGGGACAGGAAGACCCUCGGAAGCCGCUACAUUGAGCUCUUUGCUUCAUCCCAGGAAGAACUAAACGAGGCGCUCUCAAAGGGACAGUGAUUCUUAUAGCUAUUUAACUUUUGGUAUAAGCUUCUUGCUAUAACUUCUUCAUGCCUUUUAGAUGUCUAUAAUCUACAUGUAAUCUUCCAGAGGUGCUUAAUACCGUUAAUCGGAUGUUUAGGGAUAUGGAUAUAGAACAUUUCAUACAAUUUAAGGUCUUAUCAUCAUGUGUCGGUUCUUGUUGGACUCCAAGUUUUGAUCUCGUUCGAAGCCAAAAAUGUUGCGUUAGAAUUGGAAUAAUCUGAGCAAAGGCACCCCUGAUCGUUAUAUCUCAAAAUACAGCAUCAACGCUUGUAAUCAUGCAUCUCGUAGCACGUUCGGAGUUUAGAUGAACGUGGGUUUGUUUAAAGACCGUAGUAAUUUGUAUUUUGUAUAAUGCAGUAAAAAUAAGUUAUUUAUACAUUGUUCUUGGUUUUCAGAAACCUAUU